AUGCAGGACAUCGCUUGUCUGAGCCCCAGUCAGAUCAAAGUUGCACACAGUGUCUUCAAUCACUGUCGCUCAGCGGACCGCUGGACAAUCUCUCAUGCUGAAGCCGAGCAAGCUGUGGGGCCAAUAGAUUCAACGCUCUGGAGUCAGAGGCUAGCUCGCGCUUUGGAUGAGACUGCCGCAGCUCAAGACACUGCCGGUGUCAGCAUGGCAGCCUUUGCAAAAAGACUUUGCUCAGGUGCCUCUGUCCGGCCUUUGCGCAUGUAUCAGGCAUGGCUGAAGGAAUUAGAUCAGCUCGUGCGAUUGCAGCGUGAGCUCGAGGAAAGCCGCGCUGCGCUCAAGCAGUUCACGGCCUAUAUUUCUCGGCCUGUGCUGCCAGCUGCAGUUCGAAAAAGCUUGCUGGAAGAGUAUGACAGCUUUCAGAUGAGGCAGGUGGCAGAGUCUUCCCCGGUGCGAAAGCGGCUUUUCCAGUCUGGGCAGAUGGGCCUUGAUGACUUUGUCAUGGCCGUAUGCCCCAAGGACUAUCGCCCGAAGCAGGGGAACCAAGAAGUGGAACAGGUCGUUGGUGAUUUCCUGACGAUGCAACUAGCAAGUCAGGAAAAGGCCCUCGCAGAGAAGGAAGCCAUGUUUGUUGAAGAGCAGAGCCUUGUUGCCACCAGACCGUCCUUUCUCACGCCGCCGGUGUCUGACACAGCCUGGAGUUCAUGGAUAAGGGUAUUCGAUCUUCUUGAUGUUGAUGGCACUUGGAGUCUUACGUUUGAGAAGUUGGCUGGUUCCCAGCUCCUGCCCAUUGAGGUUUGUGACUACAUGUGCAAGAACAUCGGUGGAACUGGAUUAGGUGGCCCUCGUGAUGGGUUCUCUAAAGAGGAGUUCCUGCAGAAGAUGAUUGACAUCGGCAACUGCCGACCACGCAAGGCGACGCUGAAGCAGUGCAGGCUGUGCGGUGCAGCCACCGACGCUUGA